AUGGAUUUCUUUUGUGUUAAGUUAAAGAAGGCCAUAGUUGCACCAUCAAUACGAGCUCAAUCUACGUUGAUUCAUAGUAGCAUUGGAAAAUCAAUACAUUUACGUUGUUCAGCUUCAGCACCCUAUGAUACAUUGUUGUAUUGGCGUCGUAUAGAUAAUCAUAAUAUAUCGAAUCAAUCGCCUAGAUUUCGUCAACAACAAAACAUACAUGGUCAUCUUGUACAUACAACAUUAUAUAUAAAAGAUGUUGAAAAAACUGAUUUCGGUUUAUAUGCUUGUUAUGCUGAAUCGAAAGCCGGGCAUAGUAAAGCUGUCAUUGAAUUAAAAGAACAUCAUCGUUUGACAACGACGAUUCAUACAUCAGCUGUACCUGAAGUAUUAGACUCAAAACAGUACCGAAUAACAUUCACAACUACGACAACUACAACAACAACAACAACAACAGCAACAACAACAAUUCGUGCACAAUUACUUAAACGGAAUAAAAUUUCUGAUCAAACGUCAAAUAUUAUAAAAGCUAAUUCUGCCGCAUCAUCAACUUUAUUUAUCUCGUAUUAUCUUUUACUUUUAAUAAUGUUUUCUCUUUAUUUGUAA